AUGAACAUUAUCGAUCAGCCAUACGUACACAGAGGAGGGAUCAAACCUUACUUUGAACAACAAAUUCAGGAUACGGAAAUUGACAUUCAAUCUACGGGCCAGAACUUAAGAAGAUUAGAAGCUCAAAGAAAUAAAUUGAAUAACAAGGUAAGGCAGUUGAAAGAUGAACUUAGAUUAUUGCAGGAGCCAGGCUCUUAUGUCGGAGAAGUGGUAAAGGUGAUGGGUACUAAGAAGGUAUUGGUUAAAGUGCAUCCAGAAGGCAAGUACGUUGUGAAUGUGCUCCCUGAUGUCGAUAUCAAGAAAUUGACUCCUUCACUCAGGGUCUGUCUCAAAGCCGACUCAUAUGAUUUGCAUAAAGUUUUACCUAAUAAGGUUGACCCGUUAGUGUCCUUGAUGAUGGUGGAAAAGGUACCAGACUCUACCUACGACAUGGUAGGCGGGUUAGACAAACAGAUCAAAGAAAUUAAAGAGGUUAUUGAACUUCCCGUUAAGCAUCCAGAAUUGUUUGAGAGCUUGGGAAUCGCUCAGCCUAAAGGAGUUAUUUUAUAUGGGCCGCCAGGAACUGGAAAAACAUUGUUGGCAAGAUCUGUUGCUCAUCACACAGAAUGUAAGUUUAUAAGGGUUUCAGGAUCCGAAUUGGUUCAAAAGUAUAUCGGUGAAGGUUCACGUAUGGUGCGUGAAUUGUUUAUAAUGGCAAGGGAACAUGCUCCAUCUAUCAUCUUUAUGGAUGAAAUCGAUUCGAUUGGGUCUUCUCGAGUCGAAGGGUCUUCAGGAGGUGACUCCGAAGUGCAAAGAACUAUGUUGGAGUUACUUAACCAAUUAGAUGGGUUUGAAAGUUCUAAGGACAUCAAAAUAAUUAUGGCCACGAAUAGAUUAGAUAUCUUAGAUCCUGCACUUCUAAGACCUGGAAGAAUCGACAGAAAGAUUGAAUUUCCUGCCCCCACCGUCAACGCGAGAACAGAUAUCUUGAAAAUACACUCGAGAUCCAUGAACUUGACGAGAGGCAUAAACUUAAGAAAGAUAGCUGAAAAGAUGAACGGCUGCUCUGGUGCCGAUGUUAAGGGUGUUUGCACUGAAGCAGGUAUGUAUGCUUUAAGAGAGAGAAGAAUCCACGUAACUCAAGAAGAUUUCGAGCUAGCAGUUGCCAAAGUAAUGUCCAGAAAUGACGAAGGUGCAAUUUCCUUAACUAAAUUGUUUAAGUAA